GGGGAAGUCACGCCAAAGCUAUGAAUAGAUCGAUCGCUCGGUUAGGUGGCAUAGCUUCUGUAAUUUCUCGUGGAUUUCGCUCUACUGCGUCCGCAGCAAUGCCGAUCAAGGUUGGUGACAAGCUUCCAUCUAUUCAAGUCAUGGAGGGAACUCCUGGUGACAAAGUCAAUGUUGCUUCACUGUUUGCUGGAAAGAAAGGAGUGCUGUUUGCAGUGCCAGGAGCCUUUACCCCAGGUUGCUCUAAGACUCAUCUUCCAGGAUAUGUUGAAGAUUUUGAGAAAUUCAAGGUACAUGUAUUUGAAGUAUAUUUCCUUACCUAUUACCAGGCUAUUGAUUUGGAGCUAGAUGCAACUCCAUUCUUGGGAAAUGUUCGCUCAAAGAGAUACUCAAUGCUGAUUGAAGACGGAGUGAUCAAGCAGCUUAAUGUGGAGCCUGAUGGUACAGGAUUGAGUUGUUCGCUGUCCAACAACCUGUUCACCCAGAUUUAGAUGCCACUGAAUAGGAGGACAGAUAAGAAGGGAUUUACAGUGUGCACACUGAACGUUUUUAAGAAGUUAGAAUAACCCAAAGCAUUGACAAGGACUUCUAACAUGAUGAUGAUGAUGAUCUUAAGACGCUAAUAUAUAAACUAAGAGAAUUGUUAAAAUGUAGUCCAGGCAAGAUGGCGUUACCAUAAGUGAUGUAAAAGUUUUGUAAAAGUGAAUAAAUUACCAAAAUGGCACUUGCCUUAAUUAGA